AUGUCUUCAAAUCUCCUACACAACGUGUCUGCCAAAAGGCAGCAUUUUCCCGCAGUUGCAGGUAAUUCGAGGUUCUCUUUGGCGGCUUUAAUACCAGCAGCGAAAUGGGUUCCUGUGUUUAUUGUAGUAUAUUUGCUCGCUAAAGUAGUCUACAACGUGUACUUCCAUCCGCUGGCGAAAUUUCCUGGUCCACUCUCAGGUCGUGCAUCGUUGCUUUGGCGAUACACCAACACUGCAACAGGCAAGAUACAUAUAGCAAUCGAGAAGCUGCAUCGGCAGUACGGCCCAAUUGUCCGUGUCUCCGCCAACGAACUCUCCUUUGCAUCUGUCGAGUCCUGGAAAGCCAUCUAUGGACACGCAGCACCCGGCAGGCAGAUUGCCAUCAAAAGUCCCUUCUACGAGAUCUUCGGAGCGGGCUUCAAGAAGCUAUGCAUUGGUAGCGAGCGUAACCCGAAGAAGCAUGGCGAGAUGCGGCGCAUGCUCUCGUCUGCGUUUUCUCAGCGGAGUUUGUUAGAGCAAGAGGAGCUGGUCGCGGGGACCAUUGAUAGGUUUGUUACGAUCCUCGGUGAGAAAGGCGGGAAGGAAAGCAAAGGGUUGAACAUGACGAAGUGGUAUGAGAUGGUUGGAUUCGAUAUUUUAGGAGAGAUGGCAUUUGGAGAGUCAUUCCACAGCCUCGAGAAUGGUAAACCGCACUUCUGGUCCGAUCUCGUCGAAGAGCAUCUCUACCUCAUCACCCUGAUCGACAAUCUUAGCAGAUUACCGUUUGUGGCUACAAUUGCCAAGGUUCUCUUUCCUUCAACCUUGGUUGUCCAGAAUCAGAACUCCGCAUUCAGCCGGAAACAAGUUGAGAAGCGCUUAUGUUCUAAAACCUCGAGAAAAGACUUCCUCACCAACCUUGUUGAGAAGGUACACAGUGGUGAGGUCGACAAAGAGGAGAUGACUGCUCAUGUGUCCACAUUGGCGAUUGCCGGUGGCGAGACAGUCUCAACCUUCCUCGCAGGUACAACUUUCUUUCUACUUAAAAAUUCGCCCGUGUUGCAAAGGCUAGUUGAUGAAAUUCGUGAGGCGUUCAAUUCGUAUGAGGAGAUAGACGCACAAAAGGCGCAGAAGCUUCCAUACCUACAGGCCGUUAUCAACGAGGGUCUACGCAUGUAUCCACCGGGAUCACAAGGUUUUCCCCGGGUUUCUCCUGGUUUCGAAUUACAUGGCAAAUUCAUCCCGCCAGGAACUGAGGUCUACACGAGCGCAUGGGCGGUGACCCACGAUGAUAAAUACUUCAAGGACCCAAUGGACUUCAAGCCUGAGAGAUGGAUCGAUCCUGAGAGCCAAGAUGUCAAGGAGGCCAGCCAGCCAUUCUCGCUAGGGCCAAGAGGCUGUUUGGGCCGCAACUUCGCGUACAUGGAGAUAAACUUGUUGUUGGCCAAAAUGCUGUGGAAGUAUGACCUCGAGCUGGUCAAUGAAGACCUGGACUGGCUGAAAGAGGGCAAAGUGUUCGUAAUGUGGUGGAAACCAGAGCUGUUGUCAGCUGACCUGUCGUCUGAGGUGGGACCAGGCGACAAGUUUCAUGCCUUCGAUAUGAGGCAUAAAGUACACAGCCGCAUCCGCGACAAUCCCCUCGAUCGCUGGCGGGGAGGGCAUUGGGGUAUGAAUACUGCUUCUGCAUCUCUCACCGCGCCCGCAUACACACCACUCGAAUGCCUUCUCCUGUUCCAAGCUCUCGUUGCGUAUGGCACGAGCGAUGACGACUUCGCCGCUAUUUCCGACCUCCUCACGAACAAUGGUCUCAUCAAGACGGGGCCAACCUAUGAUCCACAACGAUUAAGUGUCGAUGCCUUGCGGCAACUGUAUGUGCAUCUAGUCCACGAGGAGGAAGCAGCAGAUGGGUUGGAACGGGAGAUCGACGAGGGCCACGGCGCGCAGUCGCCAUCUAGAAAGCGCAAGCUACCUAGUCCACAGCGACCAUCACUGAAAGAUGCCCAGCAGUAUAAAGAUAGGUUGCCGGUGUUGGUUGAUCGGUUAUACGCACGAUAUCGGGAUUACAUGAUUCAUGCUAUUCGAGAGGAUGAGAGGAGAUAUGCUGCAGUCCAGAAGGAGAUUCAGGAAAUAGAAAGAGGGGAAUGGGACGAGAGGAUAUUGAAGGAAGCCCAGGCGAUCACGAAAGAGGACCAAAAAGACAGUUCUGCCAUGAUGGCAGAACCGUUACAUCCCAAACCUAAUGGCACAACUCCUGUUAAACUACCAACGCCAACUCCAACCCCGACUCCUCAACAGCUGCCGCCUCAAGAAAAGAAGCCUGUAGAAGUGCGCCCACCGGAAGCUAUCAAUCCAGCAGUUGGAGCUGCUCCCGCUAAGACGUCCCCAACGAUUGGCGCCCCAUCCCCUCGAAUCGAAACCAGGCCGGAUGGGUUAGCAAUCACCGAUGUCUUGAACACCCAGCAAACCCCAGCGCCGUCUCCACUGCAGUCACAGGCUGGUGAUGGGCGACCUCAGAAUGGGGUACAGAAUACUCGCCCUUCCCCAAAGGCUCAACCCAGACCGGGUAGCAAAGGCUCAUAUGUUCCACAUGGACCAGCUCUUCAACCCCAACCAUCUCCCCAGCAGCCAGGAAAUGUGUGGAAAUGGGAACAGCCCUAUGGCCCCCAGCAUCAACCUCCUCAAUAUCAAGGCUCGAGUCCUCAUCCUCCCUCUUUUAAUAUGCCGCAAUACCCCCAAGGCUAUGUUCCUCCACCAAGAGGAUCCUUUUCGGCACCCCACGGUCUCCCUCCACCGCAUCCUCAUGUUCCAUCGUCCCCUUCGCCGCUCAACCCAACGCAUCCACAUCCCAUCCUUCUGCCUCCUCCAAAUGGAAUAAGACGUUCACCUGGCUCGCCGGGAAUGCCUCUUGAUGCUUUAGCCGACAUCGCUGGACAACAGUAUCGUGCUCCUGCCGGCUCUCCCAUGGCGCAACAGCAAAUGCCGGUUUCCCCUGCUGGCUACCCGCAACAGUUCGCACAGAGACUGCCGCCUCAAAAUCCCCCACCACAGUGGAACCAACCAUAUCCCCCACCCUAUCCUGGAGGUCCUCAGCAGUAUCCAAAAUUCCAACCCUCUCCCAGUCAACGGCUGCCGUAUCCGCCUCGUCCAGAUCUUGUCCCACCAGAGAACAGACAGUAUAAUUCGCCAUACAAUGCAAACCAGGUUCCAAAACCCGCGGUGCCUUUGGUUUCCAGUAUGCCCGCGCCAAAGCCUAAGACUAGUCAACCAAAUACCCCGAUAUCUCAGGGCACUUCUCGGUUCAAAACAGGCAGCGGCACUCGGUGGACGCCGACUCCUACUUCAUCAACGCCGAAGCCUAACAAAACAGUGCGGCCGCCGGUUGUUGAGCCUCUAAGCCCUGUGCUACGGCCUUCGAAGCCUGCUCAAACUGCAAAGAAAUCGCCCCCGAAGCAGGAAGUUUCAAAGUCCGAGCUCUCGAAAGCAGGCAAGCCCCAGCGUCGUGGGACACAGGCUGUUAGAGCUGGAAGCGUGGCAUCCUCCAUUGUCACGGGGUCUCACAGGAGCCCAUCUGCUACGCCCCAUGCAGAUGAGAGCUUGUUAGAGAAUGAGCUUCCUGCACGUCACGUGAAGCAAGAAGUUGCUACGCCGAUUGGCAUUGAAGAUGCGGGUGAUACUACGGCUGAUGAAUCGUCGUCUGUUCCACCUGCACACAACUUGAGGACAGGAGGUGCUCAUCCACGCGCCACUUCGAAACGGAAGCGUGCGGGCAGCACCACCCACGUCCUGUGGACCCGAGCGUUCCCGAAGAUAUCCGCAUCCGCCCUGGAAGCUAUCUCCGGCCACCGAAACGCCAGCACUUUCGCAGCUCCUGUCAAAGAGCGCGAUGCGCCUGGGUAUAGGCACCUCAUCCUUCGUCCUCAAGAUCUAAAAAGCAUCCGGUCUGCGAUCCACGCUGGUCACCGGGCAGCAGCAGCUGCCGCGCCUAGUGAUCUAGACGCCUCCCAGCCCAGCAUUAUGCUUCCCAUUUCAGAGGAACUUAUCCCACCAAAAGGCAUUAUAAAUAAUACCCAGCUGGAGAAAGAACUGAUGCGCAUGUUCGCCAACGCCAUCAUGUUCAACGCGGACCCCGACCGCGGAUUUGGGAGAAGAUUACAGGACAAGGGUAAACCGCAGGGAGAUGUUAUCGGCUAUGAGAUCGACGAAGACUCACUAGUCAAGGACACGCGCGCCAUGUUCGCAGAUGUCGAAAAGAUCAUCACCAACCUGCGGAGCGCCGAGCGGAGAAGCGAAGAACUUCGGGAGUCGGGCUUGUCCACGGGGAAUGCUGGCACCAUGGAGGACUCCGAAGCUGGCGAGUCCGCAGCUGACCGCGAGGGUAGCGCCUCGAAUACCGGCAGUAUUGCUAAAAGACGGCGCAAAAACUAG